GAGGAGAAGAAGAGCAACGCCCGGGAAGGGCUCGCCAUCGUUGGGAUGAGGGACCGCCUGGCGGAGUUGGCAGCGCGUACCCAAAACGACGAUGGAGAAGCUACUGUUGUUGUUGAAAAUGGCCAUUAUAUGGAAGACUUCUUCCAACAGGUUGAGGAAGUCCGAAAGUACAUAAUCAAAAUAGCAGAUGUUGUGGAAGAAGUGAAGAAGAAGCACAGCAUUAUACUUUCUGCCACACAUCCUAAAGACAAAAUAAAGGAAGAACUUGAAGAACUGAACAAAGAAAUCAGGAAAACAGCAAAUAUUGUUCGUGCUAAAUUGAAAGCCAUAGAACAAAGUUUAGCUCGGGAUGGAAAUGCUAAUCGUAUAUCAGCAGAUGUCAGAAUACGAAAAUCACAGUAUUCUGUGUUGACCCGGAAGUUUGUGGAAGUUAUGACAACAUAUAAUACAACCCAGACUGUUUUUCGAGAACGGACCAAGGAUCAGAUACGGCGUCAGUUAGAAAUAACUGGAAAAACCACAACUGAUGAAGAACUGGAAGAUAUGCUGGAAAGCGGCAAUCUUUCUAUUUUCACUUCCGAUAUCAUUUUGGACACCAAAAUUACUAGAGAAGCUCUUGAUGAAAUUGAAUCACGUCAUAAAGAUAUUAUAAAACUGGAAUCCAGUAUACAGGAGCUUCAUGAAAUGUUCAUGGACAUGGCAAUGCUUGUUGAGAUUCAGGGUGAAAUGGUGAACAGCAUAGAGAAAAAUGUGAUGAAUGCAGUUGAUUAUGUAGAACAUGCAAAAGAGGAGACCAAAAAAGCUGUGAAAUAUCAAAGCAAAGCUCGCAGGAAAAAGUGGAUAAUUCUCAUUGUAGUCGUGGUGUUCUUUGCCGUGCUUGCUCUAGUCAUUGGCUUGUCUGUUGGGAUUCAGUGAUGCUCAGAUAACUUCAGCACGCAUCUCAUUCUGUUGUUGUACAGUAAGUACUAAUCAACUAACUUGCUUUGCCAUUUGUGAUCCAUUCAGUGUUGCAGUGAUUAACACAGUUGCCAAACCAGUGGGUUGCAUUCAACAGCCACACAAGCCCUUAAAUGCAUUUGCAGACGGAGGCUCUGUACCUUCUGAGAACAGAGACACCUUGUGGCUAAACGUAUUUUACCUGGCAUCUCUUUCAUUACAUUUUUGAUAGGUGAUUCCAGUGAUGCUCACUGCAAUGAGAUCACUUUUGAUUUGACCAGUUUUUGUAUCAAUGUAGAAAUAUUCAAGCUUUGUGUUUGAUGCAGAAUUCUUCAUUAGUAUACAGGAAGAUGGUACAAAGGGAGAUUUUGGAUUAAUAUCAGAAUUCAUAUUUUUCUCUUGGUUUUUAUAUAAUUCCCAUUGGAAGGAAUAAACUUUUUUUUUGCUAAAACUGUUAUAUGUUUAGGGGAACGAACGAUAAUUCUUUUCACUUUAAGAAACCUUGCCAUGCAGUGGCUGAGAACUACAUGUGUCACUUCUCAAAAUCCCUCUCUUGUAUAAGAAAUUGAUUUACACUAGAUCAAGCUAUUUGUCCGUAUAGCUGUCAUCUAACAGUAGUGAGCAGAAGACAGUCCUCUUGAGUGAAGUUAUUCCCCAAGCAGUCUGCCAUUGCUGAAAAGGCCUUUUCCAUAGUGGCCAUUUUGUUUGCCACACCCAGAGGAGGAUGUCUAAAUCGGACAGACAUACUGGGGACAAGAUGAUCCUUCAUUUCUUUGAGUUUACCGUCCCUUGAUUCUAGUUUUUACAUGACUUGAUUUCCACUGAAAUUGCUUACUUACACACAUGUUCGUUUCUUGCAUCUCUCUAUUAUCUGUUUGAACAUAUGCUAAUCUACAGCUUUUCUCUCUGCAGAAAUUGAUCUUCAUAAUAAUUUGUGUAUCUGUCUUGAUUGUAAUCCUUGGAAUUGUCCUAGCAGCGACUUUCUUGUAGUGACCAGCACAUUCCAAGAGUUUGGGAUCUUCUAAAUUGUACCUGCAGGGAAACCAAGUGGCCUAGUUCUUGUAAAGAUGCCUUCUCUUGCCAUAAUGAGAUUUUCUUUUCCAGGAUUGGCCAAUUACUGUCUGUUUAAAUAGCACUUGGUGUUUUGAUACCUGUAAAUCUGAAUUAAACUGUAACUGGUGUUGUUUUGUUUCUUCCAAAGAAGGUUGUUUUUUUUAAAGCUGGUAAGCUUAACCACAUGGACUUACUAUAAAGGCUGCCUUUUUAAAAAGUCUGCACUAUUUUGGAGAUUCUAACCUUUGAUACAUCAGUGUUACCCAGUGUAGAAUUAGCAGGACUUAAUUGCCCAGAAACAUUGAGCUUUUGCGAUUUGGCUUUGUGUUAUUCAUUAACAUAACAAUCUUGUUUUACAGUUUAAAGCAGUUGUAUUUUCUUAAUAACCAUUUGACUUCUACAGUCUUAGACUUACUUGGGAUGUAAGUUCCAUCUGAACCACUGAAUUUACUUUUAAGUAAAUCUGAUUAAACUGCAACAUGAAGUCUGA